CGGACCCUCGUCCAUAAGAUUCAAAGGAUCAAUGAGAUUGGAGAGGAGAAGGUUCGCCUACAGACAAGUGCUCUGAUACCACAUGAAAGCAGGAAACUCGGAAACUACACUCAAUGGCGCCCAAUGCGCCAGAUAAGCAGAUUACUCUACCCAGAACUUUGAAAACCAGCUGGAACUGGGAACUCAGCACGAAAUUGAAAUCAGAAAGAAGAUUUUUCUUGAAGCGAGUCGAUUGAGGAGGGAGAGCGUCUUACCUCCCCUUGCACCCGCACAGGAUCGAGACAGCGUGGGUGGAGCGUCAAUUCGCGCAAUGGACCAGAUUACCCUACCCAAGAUUUUCAAAGGCAGCAGGAGCAGCGCGUCCUACCUUCCCCUUGCGCCCGCCGUGCCAAGAAAAACAGCUAUGCUGUAUGCUGUUGCGCUUCUGGCUGGUCGACGAGCAAAAACACGAAAGGCAGGAACGAGACGAGAGGACGAGCGAGAGCGGGCAGUGGCGCGAGUCGAGCCCGAUCGGGAGGACACACUGCGGGAAUUCUUUACGCAAGAUGUAACCCGAGUGUUGUGGCUGGGCGGGGUGCUCUACAUAUCGCAUCGUCUUCAGACGUGAAGACAAUGUGAUAUAUAGACCAGCAGUCAUCGAGGGUUUCGUUCCAAAUGACAUCAACUUCCUACUCUCAAAAUGGGACGAUACGACAAUGAAAGUCGUCAAGGCCCAAGAUUGUGUCGUAUCUUUCCUCGCGUUUCCAUCGUGGACCUCCUUGUGGGAGCGCACAUUGCUUGGACGUUUCUACAUGGCAGUCAGAUGUUUUUGAUGGGCUCAGGUUCGAUAUGGAAUCGUGUACGGAGCUCCGCCCUGUUUACUACAUCUGGCAAUGUUGGUGACCACAAAACUACGAACUGUGAACAGGGAUUUCUCGCGAUCUUGAAGUGUAUAAUAUGCAUGGUCCCAAAGUAAGCCCGCUUGAUGCACAAAAUUGAUGACGGCACGUCAAAGCAGUACGCCAAGGAACAAGAGGUGGAUAUGAAUUUGGAGAUCGACAGCCCUUUCAACCGUGCCAGGUGCGUCGAUUAGGAUCGUUUGAAAACCCAGAUAGAGUUGAACCAUCAUCCUAUUGUGAGAGUCGGAAGAUGAUGUCUUCUCGAACGAAAUCCUCAAUGAAACUACAAUCCGGGCUCAGUUUCGUCUCCAUGUUUAACGCGCAUCAUAAUCUUUCCUUUUCUUGUGACCUUGCUUCUGCUUAUCCCUGCAGAUAGUGAUCGUGCACAAGAUCUCAAUAUUGAGUAAGGAAUGUAACAAACUAACCUUUUUAGAAGAAAUCUAAGCUCGCAGAGUUUUUUCCCUCGCAAGAUUUGUGUCUUCAAUUCCUUGAAGUCGACCUCGUACGGUAGUCUGAACGAGAACUGGUACUGGUACUGCGGCAUCGGUCGAAUAUUUUCAGGAGUUGGCAUCGGUAUCUCGCAAAGCACGCAGAUGACACUUUCAGCCGCGGAUCGGUUGCCGA